AUGAUCGAAACUGCUAAUGAGGAAGUUUGGUCAGAUAUUAUGAAGCCAGAGCACCAACAAAUCGAAGCUGUGAUUGGACAAGAAGCCUACAUUUGUAUGAAUCUCGCACUUGUCAGUGGGCAGAGCGUCCCUGCUGUACAAUGGUUUUUCCAGGCUGCCUCUGCUGCUGAAUCUGCCUCUAAAUCAGAAUGGCAAGAACUGCACAGCGAACAGAAACUAGCAGAGAUGACAGAAAUUUCUGCAACGGCCCAAGAACACCAUCUAUUUGGCCAGGAGGUAGGAAAAUUCUGGUUGCUUCUCCCAAAGUUUGCUGCUACAGAUGCCGGCAAAUUCAAGUGUGUUGCCAGUGUGACUAAUUCAAGUGGUGAAAUGCAAACGGCUAGCGCCAUCACAGACCUCUUGACUAAAGCGCCCUUGAAUGAAUCAUCUCCGGCUAACUUGGAUGUAUUCUGUCCUCAACUGAAACAGGCUCUGGAGGCUUCCGAAGAUGGCAUUUACUUGGAGGAAGGAGAGCCGUUAUGUUUGGACAUCUGCUGCCUUUGUGGAACGAUUGUCAAUGCUGAGUGGGCCCUUAAUGGAAUCCCUCUAAGAGUUUCCAACUAUUGUCAACUGGAACUCAAAUCGACUCAGCAGGUCGCGACUCAACCAAACGGCGAGAUCCGGGCUACCACACUCAGCCAGGCUUCACUUCACUUCGAGGGACCAAAGCUGGCAGAUGCAGAGGUCUGCAGCUGUGCUGUCAGCUAUAUGGAUGAAAUGGCGUCGGGUGAGAUGUAA